UAGUCUCACACAUUCUUUGCGUUACUGAAUACUCCAGAGCGAUUCAUCAUCAAUCUGUUUCAAAACCAAAGAUUUUAGGUUCAAGAUUUGGGUUUUUCAGAUUUCAAUCGACUGAGCGAACAUGUCAGAUCACGAGGAUCAUAAGUCGGAAUCGUUGAUGGAGAAGAUAUCGGACAAGAUUCAUGGUAAGGAUGAUUCUUCUUCGUCUUCAGAUUCAGACGACGACAAGAUUUCAGCGAUGAAAUCGAAGGUUUUUCGCAUGUUCGGUAGGGAAAAGCCCGUCCACAAUGUCUUCGGCGGCGGAAAGCCUGCCGAUGUGCUCCUAUGGAAGGACAAGAAGGUAUCUGGUGGAAUCCUAGGUGGAGUUUCAAUCAUCUGGUUCCUUUUUGAAGUGAUGGAAUAUCAUCUGCUGACACUUGUUUGCCACAGUCUGAUUCUUACAUUGGCAAUACUAUUUCUAUGGUCAAAUGCCUCAGCCUUCAUCAACAAAUCUCCACCAAAAAUCCCACAAGUUGUGAUUCCAGAGAAACCAGUUUUGGAAAUUGUGUCAUCCCUGAGAAUUGAGUUAAACAACGGUUUUGCAGCUAUUAGAGAUAUCGCUUCAGGGAAAGACCUCAAAAAGUUUCUAUCUGUUAUUGCUGGAUUGUGGUUUGUGUCAAUCAUCAGCAACUGCUAUAACUUCUUGACAUUGGUUUACAUAUUGGUUGUGUUGCUGUUCACGGUGCCUGUGGUGUAUGAUAAAUAUGAGGAUAAGAUCGAUCCGCUUGCAGAGAAGGCAUUGAUUGAAAUCAAGAAACAGUAUGCGGUUUUCGAUGCAAAAGUGUUGUGUAAGAUCCCGAGAUCCAUGAAAGAGCUUAAAGCUAAGAAAAAGGUUUAAGAAUAUGCAACUUUGUUACUGGUUAGGUGUGUCUUAUAUAUCUAAAUCUUAAAAAUGGUUGAUUAUUGUGUUUUUCUUGAUGAUUUGGGGUUUGUGAGGUUGGUAAUAGAGAUUGAUUGAUACGCUAAAACCCUCCUCCCCAAUAUAAUUUCUUGUGUUUUUAGAGUUGUGGUGAUGUCUUUGUGUUUUUUUUUUCUAUUUUUAUAUAUACAUGGUGUUACAGUUUUUGUUGA